UCAAACACCAAUCCCCAUGACUCAUCAGCUGCCCUAUAUAUUCUUCUUCUCGCUUACCUUCUCCUUCAAUUUCAACCUUUAUCUCUUCCUCUCAACACACCAUUUCACCAUGUACAACCACAAAGCAAGAACUAAAUUCUUGCUGUCUCUUCUCUCCAUUUCCGCCUUUGCUGUUCUCCUACUCACCACAGCGAAACCUCUGAAAAAGAGCCCAAAAAACACUGAAAUCCCACAACUGCAUCUCCACAAGCAUGUCCAGAUUGCCCAUUCCCAUUGCGAAGGCACUCUCUAUCCAGAGCUCUGUGUCUCAACUCUCUCCACAUUCCCGGAUCUUGCGUCUAAAACUGUCCCGGAAGUCAUUGCUGCCACAGUGAACCACACAGUGGGCGAAGUUAGGUUGUCAGCCUCGAACUGCAGCGGCAUUCGGAGGAAGCUCAAGAAUCUCAACACGCUUGAAGGCAGAGCUAUCAACGACUGCCUUGAGCUCCAUGACUGCACCAUUGCUCAGCUUCAGUCCACUAUUUCUGAUCUUUCUCCCAACAACUCUCCCGCAAAGCAUUACCAUGACUUGCAGACGUUGUUGAGCGGUUCGAGGACGAAUCUCUACACUUGUCUUGAUGGGUUUGCUUACAGUAAAAAGGACAUUCGUAGUUCAAUCGAAGGCCCUCUCCGCAACAUCUCUCACCAUGUCAGUAACUCUCUGGCAAUGCUCAAGAAAAUCCCAGGAGUCCAGUCAUCGAAGUCUGAGAUUUUCCCGGAGUACGGUAGCACGAAGGAUGGUUUUCCGGCGUGGCUGUCCGGGAAGGACAGGAGACUGUUGCAGGCGUCGGCGAGUCAAAUUCAUUACAAUCUCACCGUUGCCAAGGAUGGCAGUGGAGACUUCACCACCAUUGGGGAAGCCAUUGCAGCUGCUCCCAACUCCAGCACUACCAGGUUCGUGAUACAUAUAAAGGCAGGUGCAUACUUUGAGUACUUAGAUAUUGCGAGGUCGAAGACGAUGCUGAUGUUGGUGGGAGACGGGCUCGAGAAUACUUACAUCAAGGGCAACCGAAGCGUGGGUGGUGGGUGGACCACUUUCCAAUCAGGCACUGUCGCCGUGGUGGCAAACAAUUUCAUAGCCAAAGGCAUCUCCUUCGAGAACUACGCAGGGCCGAGCAAUCACCAAGCAGUGGCCCUGAGGAGUGGAGCCGACCUCUCCGUCUUCUACCUGUGCCGCUUCAUCGGUUACCAAGACACCCUCUACGUCCACUCUCUCCGCCAAUUCUACCGUGAAUGCGACGUCUACGGAACCAUAGAUUUCAUCUUCGGAAACGCUGCAGUCGUUCUCCAAAACUGCAACUUAUACGCCCGCAGACCUAACGCAAACCAGAAAAAUGUCUUCACCGCCCAAGGGAGAGAUGACCCCAACGAAAACACCGGAAUCUCAAUACAAAAUUGCAAAGUCGAUGCGGCUGCGGACUUGAUUCCGGUCCUAUCUUCAUUCAAAUCGUACCUAGGAAGGCCAUGGAAGGAGUAUUCGAGGACGGUUUAUAUGCAGUCUAACAUUGGCAAUUUGAUUGACCCAGCUGGGUGGCUGGAGUGGGAUGGAGAUUUUGCAUUGAGUACUCUUUAUUAUGGUGAGUAUAAGAACCGGGGUCCAGGUUCCAACACCAGCGGCAGGGUGACAUGGCCGGGUUAUAGAGUUAUUAAUAGUUCGAGUGUGGCGAGUCAGUUCACUGUUGGGGCCUUCAUUCAGGGAGAUGAGUGGCUUCCGGCUACUGGGAUUCCUUAUUAUUCCAAUUUGACCAUCGUUUAGUAAGUUGUAUUUUUAUGUGGCGUGGUUUCAAGUCUUGGGCAUAGAUUGCUCCAAACGAUUGAGAAUAAGUUCUUCAAGAAAAAUGUCAUGUUAUGUAGUGAAUUUAUUUGAUUGCACCUUUGAAUCUAUAUAGUAUAAAAAAAAUGUUUGGAUGUA